CACGGAGAAGAAAGUAUAAUGUUAGAUGUUGCUGAGUAACUGUGGAAGGCGACGCCUUGCUCAGUUUGACAAGUACUUUAGUGUGCUUCAUUUAGAGGAGUCGAGUAGCUUGAGAUCUUGACGCAGAGAUAGACAUUCAAAAGGGAAGCAAAGAAGUGGUUACUCCUUACUUAAGGUUUGCCCGAGAUGGCGAUGGGCAUGAUGCAACCCCAGAUCAUCUUGCUGAGGGAAGGAACAGACACGAGCCAAGGCACAGCGCAGCUCAUCAGUAACAUCAAUGCCUGCAUGGCAGUCACUGACACUGUCAGAACAACCCUUGGGCCUAGGGGCAUGGACAAACUUGUGCACGAUGACAGAGGAACCGUGACAAUCUCCAAUGAUGGUGCAACUAUCAUGAAGCUCUUGGAUAUCGUGCACCCAGCAGCAAAGGUCCUGGCAGAUAUCUCCAUGUCACAGGAUGCAGAGGUUGGGGAUGGGACAACGACAGUGGUGAUACUGGCAGGGGAGCUGUUGAAGGAGUGCAAGGCAUAUGUAGAGGAGGGGGUGCAUCCGCGGGCGAUCAUCAAGGCAUUUAGGUCGGCGGCGAAUCUGGCGGUGCAGCAAGUGAAGGACUCCUCCAUCAGCAUCGCUGGCAAGGAUGAAGAGGAGAAGAGAGACAUGCUGCAGAAGUGUGCCAGCACCACCCUCAACUCAAAGCUGGUGAGCGGCGAGAAGGAGUUUUUCGCGAAGAUGGUGGUGGAUGCAGUGAGCAAGCUGGACCCUGCCACGCUGGACAUGUCGCUGCUGGGGGUGAAGAAGGUGCAGGGGGGCGGACUCAGGGACUCCUUCCUAGUGGACGGCGUCGCCUUCAAGAAGACCUUCUCCUAUGCCGGCUUUGAGAUGCAGCCCAAGGCGUACACCGACCCCAAGGUCCUCCUGCUCAACAUCGAGCUGGAGCUCAAGUCCGAGAAGGAGAACGCCGAGAUCCGGCUGAGCGACCCGUCGCAGUACCAGUCGAUAGUGGACGCGGAAUGGAACAUCAUCUACGACAAGCUGCAGAAGUGCGCCGACUCUGGCGCCAAGGUGGUCCUGUCCAGGCUCGCCAUCGGAGACCUGGGCACCCAGUUCUUUGCUGACCGCGACAUCUUCUGCGCUGGCCGGGUGGCAGAAGAGGACCUGAAGAGGGUGGCCUCAGCCACCGGGGCCUCUGUGCAGACCACAGUGAACAACCUGGACACCAACGUCCUCGGCACCUGCGAGCAGUUUGAGGAAGUCCAGGUGGGCGCGGAGCGGUUCAACCUCUUCAUGGGGUGCCCCAAGGCAAAGACAGCGACGAUGGUGCUGCGCGGCGGCAGCGACCAGUUCAUCGACGAGGCCGAGCGCUCCCUCCACGACGCCAUCAUGAUUGUGCGCCGCGCCAUCAAAAACGCAGCCGUCGUCGCCGGCGGUGGCGCCAUCGACAUGGAGAUCAGCCGGCGGCUGCGGGACCACGCGCGCACGAUAGCCGGGCGGGAGCAGCUGUUCAUGAUCGCGUUCGCGCGCGCUCUGGAGAUAAUCCCGCGCCAGCUCUGCGACAAUGCUGGCUUUGACGCCACCGAUGUCCUCAACAAGCUCCGCCAGAAGCACGCCCUCAAGGACGGCUCCGGCAAACACUUCGGCGUGGACGUCAACACAGGGGGAGUGGUGGACACGUAUGGAUCGUUCGUGUGGGAGCCAGCCGUAGUGAAGAUCAAUGCCUUGACUGCCGCAGCCGAGGCAGCCUGCCUGGUGCUCUCUGUGGAUGAGACAGUGAGGAACCCCCGCUCACAGCCGCCGGAUGCCAGCGGUGGCGGUGCUAUGGGGGGCCGGGGGAACCCAAUGAUGCGCGGCCGGGGGCGCGGCCGCGGCCGUGGCAUGCGCCGAUAG